GCAAGCUUAAUUGAACUACAACUUAGCUCAACGUUUUUAGAUGGCAUCAUUUUUUACAUUUGUCAACUUAUAAUGCAGGUCUCUAAGUGAAUGACUCGGUUGCCAACUGGCAUUGCAGCAUUUUAAUUCAGACAAGGACUUUUGUAUUAUUACUAUUAUUGCAAGCUUUGUUGCUGAAACAAUAUUUCUGAACAUUUCAUUUUCUGCUUGCAUAUUAAGAUUUGUAACUGCACUAAACAGUUUUUUGCUUUAUGAUAUGCUGCACUGUACUUGACUGAUUUGUUAUCUAUUUAAAUAAGAUAAUUUACUCCUUAAUUAAAUGCUAUUAUUGUUUGUUGGAAACAUUUACUCACUUUCUGUACAUUACCAACUAUAUAUAAACAAACACUGUAAUACAAUUUACUCUUCAAGAAGAGGACAUACAAUGGCCACUGCACAGUAUCAAACACUUGACAAGCUUAAAGCUGUAGUUGAUGAGUACAAGAUCAAAGUUCGAGUUAUUCGCUUAUGGAGAGGCUCAACAAGAACCGGUGAGGAGUUCAAAAAUUUCAACUUGAUUCUCCUUGACCACAAGGGUCAAAGGAUUCAUGCCUUUGUUCCGACAAAAUGUGCAGAGGAGAUUUAUAGCCAGAUAACUGUUGGAAGAGUCUUCAGCAUCAAGCAAUUUAUGGUGCAGAAAUACAGCCAGACAGAGAAGUUUAGAGUGGUGAGAAAUGAGAGUCAGCUGAUUUUCAGUAAAGACACCAUCAUCCAAGAGCAAGCAGAUGAUGGUGUUACCAUCCCACAGGAAGCUUUUGAUUUCUACGAUCAUAGCCAACUGAUAGAACUUUCAAAUCAAACCACUUACCUGGAAGAUGUUGUAGGAAUCAUAAAAGAUUAUGAUCAGAUAAGAGAAUUAAAGAACAAGCAUGGUCAAGAUCAGAAAAAAACAAAGUUGGUUAUCACUGAUGGGAGGUAAUAGUAAAAGAAUUCUCUCCUUAUCCUUUGAAGCAUCCAAACACUUAUUCCAUGAAUUGUUUUUGCUGUAGUUCAAAUGUUAACGUAACCUUCUGGGAUAAGUUUGGUGAAUCCUUUGACAAGUCAAUGAAGAAUCCUUUAGACAAACCAUUUAUUAUAAUUUUAUCAGGAUGCAAAGUUGGGAAAUGGAAUGGUAAUUUUUUGGCUACAAAAAUAUUCAUAUGUAAUAUACAAUUU